CUUCAGAAGUCGCCAAUACUUGGAUGCAGGCAAAGAACGUCCACCAGUCGCGUGAAACUUAACAACAGUAACAAUGACUGGUCAAUAUCGGGCACCCAAGGCGCAGCCGGCGGAGCGCAACCCGGCAGUAACUUAGUGGACGACUCUCACAGCAUAUCGCGGGACUCACCACUAAACCUGGCAUGGGAUUCGUCUAUGAAAGAAAACUGUCAACAGCAAGCAAACGCUCCCAACUUCCGGCCGAUUACUCCCGACAACCUGCUCAUUCCUGUGGACGAGAUUUUAUCUCCCGCAACACAGAAACAAAUCAGGACCACCAUACGGGCCCUUUUCCCCAACGGCCCGCCGCCUCCGCCGCCCGUCCGGCCCAUGAGGAGGCCCAAGAAAGGUGACCUGCCCUACAUUGUGAACUGCAAUAAGAGGACGCGAGUCCCUUCGCCUAAGGGUCUCAAUGUCUUCACAGGCGACAAAUAUGGCAUCACCAGCAGCACCAACUGUGACGAAGACGAACAGUGUACCCUAGCGAAAAAAGCUCGCCGAGGCCCCUACCGCAGCGCCAGCAUCUCCAAAUCCACAUUUAAUCGGCAAACCAAUGAGAUCGUUGAUCGACUAAAAUUAUACGAAAAAAUUGAUAGACUAGUCGGCAGAACUCCCAUGGAACAACCCGUCGGAUACAUGAAGCGCUCGUUCAGCCCCCUGCCCAGCACCUCCACUGACAAUGAGACGAUUAUGAAAAAUGAUAAACACUUUAGUGAAUGCUUGAACUGUGAUAAUUUUGAUAUUGAUGAAGACGAGGAAUUACCUGAGGUUAUAUGGGACACAGAUAAUGUUAAAAAGGAGAAAGAUCGAAAAGGUUUAUCCUCACCAUUAGAUAAUAAAUAUAUAGACAAAGAAAAUAAUAAUUAUACUGAUAGUUUCAUGAUAGAAAUAAAUGAAGAUAUGAAUGAAGAUAUGGAUAACAAUAAUAAUGAUGUGAUUGCCAUAGAUGACGACUUCUGUGAAAUCCAAUUUGAUAAAUUCAUGCCAAAGGAAAAAAUACUCGAUUACUCGGACUACGAACCCAAAAAAGAACCAUUGGAAAAAAAGUUGGCAUAUUCUCCGCCAACUUUUUUUCCAAUAUUCCAGCAUUCAAAACCUUCGAACAACCUUCGGGCAACGUCUUCCACUGACGUUAUUUGUGUCGGUGAUACGCGCACCACUAAUUCCACCAUCUCCACGCAAGCAUCUGCUAAUUCAGUCAGUGUGCUUCGUGCGAGUAAUAAAAAUGAAACCGCUACUGAUACGAAACAUUCUGAUCUAGUCAUUGAAGUACCAGACGUUCUAGAACCCAUAAACAUGUCACGACACGACCCCGCUAGACCCCCGGCGUGGAACGAGGAAGUCCAGUUUGUCUGUGAAGAGAGGAUAGAGAGACCAAAUAAGUUGACUGUAGAAAACAUGCCCGACGUACAGAUCGUCUCUCACGCUCCCGCCAGCCCACAAAACGGCUCAAAAGCUAUAUUAACAACAGCAAUAAACGAGCUGCAGCAGUUCCUCACUUGCCUCAACGAGACUUAUAGCCGGCGGAAAACGAAAAAGAAAAACAAUAGGGCAAAAUCGAAAGAAAACUUGGCCGUUCCUUGUAAUACCGAAAAUGCUUUAGCUAUCAAUGAUGAGAACACGGCACCUAUUAUUGAAAACGCAUCAAAUGUUAACAAUGAAAACGCAGCACCUUCAGUGAACCAAGCGCAGUCUGACACUGGUAGUUUGAAUGGCACAGCCGACUCGCCACCAGGGAAGCGGCUCGGUGAAUGCCCAAUUUGCCUGGACAACUUACAGAGGGGCUCGAUAGCUUCCACUAACUGUGGUCACGUCUUCUGCCUGGAGUGCAUUAAGCAGUCGUUGAAGUCCAGUGGCAAGCGGUGUCCGACAUGCCGGAAACAACUCAAAGGUGUUGGUUACCACCAAGUGUUUCUGUAAUUUUAAUGUUUUAGCUUUGUCGCAAGCAUUCCAUGUGAUUUCAUACAGUUUACAUGUUGUACCUAAUUAAGAACAUAUCUGUACUGUACCUAAGACUGACUCAAGCUACUUCUUUUAAAUUUAUGCUGCUACCUACAUAAUUACUAGAUGUUUAGGUUUUUUCCUGAAACGCAAUUCUCUAUUCAGUAAGACCUCUUGUCCAGUAGCCUCAAGGCUAGGAUCAUUU